UCACUUAAAUCGUUUAAAUUGACAUUGUAAAGGAGGAAUUCGUUGAAUCUGUUUAAUAAUGCAUGAAAGUUAAACAUCCAAUUUUUUAUAAGUGCCAAACCGAGUUUUAUUGACAACCCUGCGGAGAUGUUUCGUUACUUAACUAUUAGAAACUAUUAAAUAUUGCUGAAGAUUUGAAUACAUUCGCGGUGAUGGAUGACUGUUAAUAUAAAAGUUAUUGAUCUGAAUUAUUGAACGCUUGCAAUAUAUGAUAUAUAAAUAUACAGGAAAGUAUCAUGGAGCGUUCACAUACCAUUCAUGGGGAUAUACACUUGGAUUUGCACGACACCAGGUUAAUGGAAAGGGCGGGAGUUGGCGCGCGCAGUGCACGUGGAUUACCUUGGAGUGAUAGCGAUAAAGAGUCGUUCCAGCACCACGCGGAGUACCUGAAGCGCUUGUCCAAGCUUCGCGAGGAGUUGAUUCAACAGGAGCAAAAUAAUCUGGCAAACGCUCUUGACCGUCUUAGAAUGCGAUCGUAUGGUCGGGAGUAUGUAUACAGUCAGCCUCAGAGGGAGAAAAGAGCGCGUCAACGUCAUUCCGCACAGAAUGACGUGCCACUCAAAAGAAACUCUCUCAUUACGACGUUUGAAAAGUUUCAACGAAUGCGACCGAAGAAGAAUCCUCCAAUGAUAAUGCCCCUUGAGGGGAAGUCAUUGAUAGAAGCACCAGUCACAGACCGGCGUGACAAACGAGACCGUCACGAGAAAUAUCACAACGGUCACCAUAGUGAACGUUAUGAACGCAAUGAAAAACUUACGGAACGAUCUGUUGACGAGAACGUUAGAGCCAAUUUGCAGAGACUGACGUCACAUCCGAUUCCCAGCAUUCCGCGACAGGGUAGAAAUAAUCAUCGCGAUAUAGUGCUUGAAAGUAGUUCCUACCGGCGGAAUGUGAACGGUGAUACGAAUAAUUCAAACACCGCGGAAGAACGUAUUGCGCAGAUGCAAAAGCAGAAGCAAAAACUAAUGAAGCUUCGGCACGAGGCACGUGAAGCCGAGAGGGUGAAACUGAUGCCCCAAAGUUUUAGAAUUGACACACUAACAGACGAGGAUCGUAUGAAUUUAGAGAAACUGAAGGACUAUUAUUGUAUUUAUUAUGUUCCUGCGCCGAGUACUUCGCCAGUGGGAGAGAACGAUUUGCACGUGCACCUUCCAAAAAUAGGAACAAGUGGUUCACUUAAUCAAUCAUUCAUUGAAAGUGAUAGUGGCGGAUCCACCCUGCGUAGUUCAAGGUCAAAUGGAUUAAAUGGAAAACAAAUAGGAUUUAGAAUUGCUUCGGACUUUCCUAUUCCGCCGUGCACGUGCAAUAGCUCGUGCAAAAUGUACAUAGCCGGAAAUAAACUGGACCCAUCAGUCGACGAAUUCGGGUUUUCAAUUGAAAAGACUUACGCAGUUAAUAAUCCAAACGGUAAAACGUCUAAAACAAACAGUGGUAUAAGUCGCGAAAGCUCCAAAAGUACCGAAAAGGGUUGGCCUUUAGGAAAAAGUUCGGAAAAAACUGAAAAGUACAAAACGCCUCCGAAUUCGCAGGAAAAGAAACGUAUCCGUGUGGAUAUGCCGGCCAUUGUUUAUAACAAUUCAAACAGUCCGGAACCACCCCCGGACAACCAGUCAGGACUGGUUAAAGCGUUUAAACAAAAAGAACUAAGACAAAAAGAGUUGUCGAACUUGAUGGAAGACGUGCGCGAACUAAAUAAAAUAACAGAAUCAAUGUCUGGGAAACCGACAUAAAACUGGAUAUUUACUUAAGUUAUCUAUAUAUAAAUAUGUUAUUUAUUAUUAUUUAUAAUUACAAACAAUUGCACUAUUAUUUAUAAAAUUUAUAAAUAUAAACGUACAAAGACGUUAA